UAAAAAAAAAUAUGUUUAAAAUGUUGUUUUUGCGACAUAUGAUCCAUCAUAAAAUUGUCAAAAUUAAAGUAAUCUCCUAUACUUUAAUAUUGCAAAAUUCUUAGUACGAUCAUGGGAAACAUAUUACGUUGUGAUCGUUGUGAUUUAUCCAGUGCAGCUAGUGUUUUCACAUUUUCAGAAGCAGCUGUGCUUAAAUUAUCGGAUGGUAUAUCUCCUGAACCUGAGCAAGAAGUAGCAGGGAAACCAAGGGAUUUAAAUGAUAGGGAAUGGAUUGAAAAACUGAAGGGUAUCGAUAGUGUUCACUCAAAUAUUUACGGUCUUUCAGACACUGGAUUUGAAUUGAUAUAUAAUAAAGUUUGUAAAACUUUGGAAGCAGGUGAUGUGGGAUCAUUUACAGAAGAAAAAGAGAAGAUAAAACAGUGUUAUAUUGAUAAUCCAGAGCAUCCUUUAAUCUGUGAUAAAGCAUUAAAUGAAUUUAUUGAAAAGGUUGAUUUAAAACGAGUAGAACUAAUUGUAAAAAAAGUAAAGAAAGAAGAUGAGGUUGUAGAAGAAAAUUUAAAUUGUAAAGAAUAAGAAUGAGUUUAUAAUUAUAACAUUGUGGUCCAAUAUAAAUGUCAGCAUUA